CCCGCAGGCAACUUGUGAGCGUGGGCCAGUCACGGAAACAGGUGUCACGCGUGACCUCCAGCCUAGCUCCUCUCGGAAGGAUCCCCAGGUGCUGACUUCUCUGGGCCAGUUUAUUUCUGCCUUACCAACACAGAAGGUACUGGAUUAUUCCCAGAGGAACAGAUGGCUGAUUUCCGUUUUCAGAACAAAGAUGAUUUAACAGAAACCAUUUCAAAUCUGGAAGAAUUCAAGAGAGAUGGAUUUGGCGAAUUACAAGGCGAGAAGGGAGGUGAUGUCAUUUCCAAGAAGGUUGACGAGAAUGCUCCCUUUGACUUUGGAUGGAAAUAUAAGAAAAAGAGGAUCCCACCCAACAGAAAGAAGAAAGUCACUUACAAAGACAGAGUUCGCACAUUACAUCUGCGAAGAAACAUAAACAACCUGGAUAGAAUACAGGAGGAAAAGAGAUUUUUCGUCAUGAAAACCAAGCAGGAUCUAGAUGCGUGCCAGCAGCGGAUAGAGUCGAUUCAGAAACAGAAAGUCCAAGUGGAAACUGAAAUACAGAUGGAGAAAGAGGCCCACAACAGUGCAGCCGUGUUUUGUCUGCAAGCAAUGCACCAACGUCUGUGCACCGAACUGGAACAUGAAAAGGACCUGGAGACAAAGAUUUCUUCGAUUCUAAAAGAAAACGAGGAAAACAUGUGGCACAUUGAAAUCGAAGAGGGAAAAUUCAGCACUCUCCGGGAGAAUCUUAAAGAAGAAGAAGCAAAAUCAGCACAACUCCUCCAAGGGCAGGCGGAAGAGCGGCUUAUUCAGGCAAAGAUGGCGGCUGUCAGGAUUGAACGAAAUAAGAACUUCCGACUCCAGAAAGCAAUGGAAAGGGAAAAGAACUACAGACUUCACCAUCAAAAAGUGAUCUCUGAGGCCAGGAAGAAUCAUAAGAUAGCUAUCAAGUUCUUAAGAACCACCUUGGCAAAGGUUCACAAGAAAGAAGCCAAGGAGGAAAAGAAAUCUCAAAAAUACAUGAAGAAAAGAAUGGAUGCUGUGAUAACCCUCAAGAAGCACAUCACCACAAAUCGGGAAACCCUCCACAAACUUAGAGCCUGGGACCAAGCCAAGAUUCGUUUGAUUAAGAAAAAGGAAGAAGCUGAGAAGGAGGUCAUAGCAGCCCAGGGAGGGGACGCUGUCAAGCAGACUCUACAGGAAAAGCGAAGUAUAGAACUGGACAUCCGGAGACAACUCUUUGCAGAAGAGCAAAAAUUUCGAAGAUGUGAAAUUGUGGCUCGACUUCUGAAGGAAGAGGCUUAUGAUGAAAAAAUGAAACAAAGACAGUUGGACCUAGAAAGUGGAAAACGCUGGAUGAUUAAAGCCAAGAAGUUCCCAAGCCUGAAGGAAAGGACUUGGGACCAUUUUGUGGACAUCUGCGAAGGACGAGUUCCGGUUCUCACCAGUGUGGUGGACAGUCAAAAACAUUCCCCCAAACCUGAACGCAAUCGUUCCUUGAGCGUUGGCUCUGCUGAAUUUGCUGAAUUGAUCAAUAACCAGGAAGAAGAAACGCUAACAGAGCCAGAAAUUAUGGGGCUCUGGACUGAGAAGUAUAAGCCCUACAAGGUGCCAAAAGAUGAGGUGGAACGCAAGCCUGUGGGUGGGACGAAGAUGGAACAAGACAUCUUAGCAAAUACUCUGGAGAAACUCCGGAGCGGGAUCAUCCACAAACAAGUAGUAUCUGGGCGUGAAUUUAAGGGCUGCCCUUUCUAUAGCAAGCCUGAUCUCAUUCAUUUUAAGAACUUUCAUGUUGGUAAAACGUAUAAAAAAAAGAUGACCUUAAUCAACGCGUCUUACACUAUUAACUACUGCAAGCUGGUGGGAGUCGAGGAUCAUCUCAAGGAUUUCAUUACUAUCCACUUUGAUCCUCCGGGGCCAAUGUCAGCUGGAAUUUCAUGUGAGGUGCUCAUCACCUUUAAGCCAAUGAUAAAUGAAGAUCUGGAAGGCAACAUCACAUUUCUGGCUCAGACAGGUUCAUUUUCGAUCCCACUGAAAUGUACAACAAAGAAAUGUGUUCUGUCCCUGGAUAAAGAGCUCAUUGACUUUGGCACAUAUGUGGUAGGAGAGAUUGUUUCACGGACCAUCACCCUGGAAAACCAUGGAGCCCUGGGUACCAAAUUUCAGGUUCACACAAACAUCGAGAAAUGUGAUAUGGCAGUGAAAUCCCCCAAUGUAACAGAUAGCACUUUAUAUUCACUGGAUGAUAAAGUUACAGAGGAGAAAACCACCCCCAACCUCGUGGAUACCCAGAGUGAGGUCUAUUGUCCUCCCUCCCUUGACAUCAUUCCAGUCAUGAGCCCUAGAGCCUCAGCCGGUCACCCUGAAGAACCAUACCCGGAACAUGCCACCAUUACAAUAGAAGAACCCCCCUAUGAAGGAGUAGAAAUUAAUCCUGGUGAAGACCAAACAGAAAUCAAACUGGGAGAGAUAACAACCAAUGAAAUCGGACCCUUCAGCUCCAUCAAAAUUCCCAUAAUCUUCACUCCAAUAAUCCCGGGAUCUUCAGAAGCCAAAUUUCAAAUCACGUUUAAGAACUCUAAUUGCAGUCCUUUACAUUUCACAGCUGUCGGACUUGCUAUUAUUGUGCCUGUCUGGGUUCCAAAACCCAAUGUGGACCUGAAGAUCUGUAUGUACGAUCGAUUAUAUCAAGAUUCUGUCAUCAUUGAAACCAGAUCAAAAGCUGCCUUGCGUCUGAAAUUUGAAGUCUGCAAAGAAUUGCAAAAGCACAUCGAACUUCUCCCAGAAACUGGUUACAUUCAGGCCCAGUCUUCAUACAGUGUUCAGCUCAAGUUCUUACCCAGACACUCCCUCCCAGAAGAUGCAGGAGAAUAUUUUGACAAAGAUACAAGAGUCCUAGCGGCCCCCAUGACAAUAAGAGUCGCUGAUCAGAAAAGGCCUGUGAUAUUCACCGUUCAUGCUGUUGUCACAACAUCAGAUUUGGAAAUUGAACCCAAAGAAGUAGAUUUUGGAUACUGCACUAUCUACGAAGCUGUUUAUACCAAAAUUACGCUCAUUAAUAAAUCUCUCCUCCCUCAGGAGUUUGGAUUUAUCAGUAUCCCAAAGUAUGUGGAUAUUCAGCCCAAUGAUGGAUUUGGAGUCAUCCUGCCCUUGCAAACUUUGCCCCUCCAUGUCAUCUUUAAACCCAGCAAAGCGAAAGAAUAUGACUUCCAGCUGCUCUGCAUUACUGAAAUUAACAGAGAAUUCACACUGUCGUGCAAAGCAAUUGGCGUCUACCCACCUCUGGAGCUUUCUCACUACCGAGUCAAGUUUGCAGCCACAGCUCUAUUUGACAUGUCAACGGUGACCCUGUAUGUGAUCAAUUCCCACACAAGCAUGAAUUCUCUGACUCAUGCAGUCCCCCGCCUUGGUUCUGGGGAAAUUGCUCCCAUGGGACCCACAUCUUUUGAGUUCCUUUUGCCAGACAAUGCCCCCAUCAUGAUCAUACCCUCUGUGGGAACCGUGCUGCCAGGAAAGAAAUGCAUGAUUGAAGUGAUUUUCAAACCAGUGCUGUCAGAGACGACAAUCAAAAAAGAAGUUGUGAAAAUGAGGAACAGGAAGCUGGGAGUACAAACAGCGCCUAAAAAGGAAGCACCCCCGAAGAAAGGGAAAAUUAUUAUGUCGGCUGCUCCCCUCAAGGCAGCUGUCAGGUGGCUCAAACCCCACUCUCCCCACAAGAAGGAACGGCAUAAAUCGGAAAAAAUAAAGACAAAUUCCGAAGAAUACCUGAUUGCAAAAGCCACUUUGUGUAGGGAUUUCCAAAAACAGUUUCAGAAAUAUGUCAUACCAUGUGUCAUUGCCAGUGGAGACAUUAAAGACAAGAAAGAAACGGAACCGAUGAACUUCAGUCCUUAUAACACACUGUACCUGGAAUUAUACUGUCCAACGGUGGCCCCCUCUAUCAUCGUUGCUUCAGACAACGGAAAAACAGUGUUCAACUUUGGAGACAUUGCAGUCGGGCACAGAGGAAUUAAAAGAAUCACAAUACAGAACAUCUGCCCAGAAUACCUGGAUCUGGAGUUCUCGAUACUAGAUCCCUAUGGCCCCUUCAUCCUGCUAUGUCCUUGCCGUGGCCUUCAACCGAAAGAGAGCAAAGAUAUUGCUGUAUCAUUCUCUCCCCGAGAGAGUAACAUGUUCUUAGAAACCCUGGAAAUCAUCACAAAGAAAGGGACCCUCACCUUGAGCAUGCUGGGCAAAGGAGUGGCAUCCACAAUUACCUGUUCUAUUGAAGGAAACGUCCUGAAUCUGGGUUACGUUAUUGUUGGAGAAACCACCACAUCAACGUUUAAACUUCAGAACAGCUCGACGCUCCCCAUCAAAUAUGCCAUCUUUCUGGAGAGCCUCUCUCUGAUGAGAAAUAAGGAACAGCUGCAGCUGCCAGGUUUUGUCAAUAACUCAGAAAGAAGGACCAAUAUCAUCGGCACCCAGAACUACAAUGGCCACAGCGUGUUCAGCGUCUCCCCGGUAGAUGGAGUCAUUGAGCCAGGGAAGACUCAGGACUUCACCCUGACCUUCAGUCCGGACCAUGAGAGCCUGUACUUUUCCGACAUGAUGAAAGUGGUGCUGUUCAAUAAAAAAAUCUCCCAUCAGAUCCUCUUGAAAGGGGCCGCAAGGGAGCACAUGAUGUUUGUGGAAGGAGGGGACCCUCUGGAUGUAACUGUGGAAUCCCUGGCUGUGAUCGCGUCUUCCACCGUGGAUGAACGAUGGGAAGACUCAGAAGAGAUAAAGUCAAUCAUCCUGACACUUGAGUACAUCCAGUUAGAUUCAGCAUCCACCCCUGCCACCCGGGAGCUGCAAGUGGGGUGCAUCCGAACCUCCCAGCCCACUCUGAAAAAGAGCAUUGACUUCAGCUUGGACAACCUUCACCUUCUUCAGCACAAAGGCUUCACGGUGGAGCCCUCCAGAGGAAUUGUGGAACGUGGCCAGACCAAGACCAUCAACGUGUCCUGGGUGCCCACCGCUGAUUUUGAUCCCGAUCAGCCGCUUGUGGUCACCACCUCCCUGGUGCUUCGGGGAGAUGUGAAAGAGACCUAUAGGCUCGUCUUCAUUGCCCAUGUGGUAUCGGAGUGGAUUCUGGGUGAUUCACUCAGAUAAGAAUGUAGGUGAGAUGCCCUGAUGAUUCCCCCAAGGCCAUCGGCAUCCAAAGGGAGAUGAGGACCUCGCAUCAGCCAGGAGUGUACCCAAAGAAACACUGGACCGGCCACUUGGGAGACUUAAACAGUCAUCCUGUGAGAGCUGCUCCCACACUAAGUUCUUGGGACAAAUGUGGUUUCAGACGCCAACAAGAGAUCGGGGUACCUACAUCAGGAGCCACCAUCCAGAAAAAGCAAUUGAGCCCAGCCCCACCAUUACCCUCCCUCAGGGGCCUUUGCUAUGGAGCUCAGAACCACCAUUAAAACAAUAUAAUAAAAUAGUCAUACAUUCUCAGAUGACUUGAUGUGUAUUGGAGCUCUGGGCAGCUGAGGAGAAGGCGUGCCCAUUCCCCAGACUUGGCCGUUGAGGUGGCA